CCCUAGGGUUUAGUCAUCUUCAAUUCCCACCGCAACACAAAACCCUAGCACACACUUCCUCAACACCGCUUCACUCCAAAACCCUAUAACUGAAUCAAAUCGAGACUAUAUUUUCCCUUUCAGCCAUGGCCAGCGCAGCCGCCAGAUCCGUUUUCCGAUCACCUUCCGUUCGGAAUGCGGCGGCCAGAUUCGCAUCUGAAGCCAAAGCGGCUCGCUCUCCCUUUCGUGUCUCCAGCAGAAAACCCCUCUCUCAUCGGAUCUUUAGUUGUCCAGCUGAAUUGGGCGCUUGUGCUGGAUCGAUGCAACCGUUUCACACGGCAACCGCAUCGGCACUGAUGACUUCGAUGCUCUCGAUUUCUCGCCGCAGUUACGGUUGGCUUUCAGAAGCUUCAAAUGAGGAUGUGUGAUGAAUGUUCGGAGGAGUCAAGCGAAGUUUUGUUUUCAAAAUUCUGUGUUCUCAGACUGUAUGUAACAGCUGAUAAGUAAGAGAUUCUGAGUGAGCUGGAGAAGAGCCUAAUUUGUUUUCCUUCACUUCCAAACUUAGAUACUGCUGAAUUCUGUUAUCCUUGGAGACUUACAGAUAUAGAUUAUUGUCUAAUUUUAUACGGUUGGUGUGUAUGCAUGUUGAUUGCAAAAUGUAUUAUUUUUGUUGGCCGUAUUCUCUUGAUAUUUUAAAAGUUCAUCAAGACACCAUACUAAUCAUUCGUAUAUCGAUCAGCUUGCAAUGAUGAUGUAUGAUGAAUUACGGAGCAGUUCGAGCAUUGUUUUUGUUCGCAACUGCGUGCAUUCUGAGACAGGGUUGGACAAUAAGCUACGAGUACUCAAUGAGAUGGCAUUAGACAAUUCAAUUCUGGCUUGUGCGUUUCUGUGAUUCCUCUUUCGUUGCUGCAAGUUUGAGUCCAAUCCAUGUAAAAGCUGAAUGAAUGUAAAUGCAUGUUUUCGUAACCAGUAGCUACAGGUUUGGCCUGAUGGUAAAUGAAUCAACUGGAUCAUUCUUCUUAUUUGAUAUGUACUUCAGUAUUUUGCUUUUUUGUAGUUAGUGAUGGGUGUUUUUUCAGUUUGUGCA